AUGCACAGCAUCUUGCUGAACCUGCAAGAAUUGUGUGAAAAGAAGGCAAAGGCAAGAGAGGUAAAACUGACAAGUCUUUCCCUUUACCUCACCAGGGAGUUGAAUCCACUGUGGAAUUUACAGUCAAUCGUACCUCUGAAAGAGAUGAGGGGCCUCUGAGCACAGUUGGAGCUUAUGCACAUUAUCCCAAAGAUGACAUAGAACAAGAUGGUGAAAUUGGAAAAGAGAUUCCACUCACCUCUGUGGCCCACUGGAAGCCACUUCAGUACAGAGGCAAAAUUGAGAACCUCUUCUCAUUUUAA